AUGGCGAGGACAAAGCAAGGUGAACUUGCCAAGCGGAAUGUGGUGGACCGCCCCAACAGGACAAUUGUCAAGUGUUUUCAACGUUGGGGUGACGAAGAGAUUCGCUUUCAGCAGCAGCCAGGGUCUGAUGGUCUCCAAGUCUUGCUCAACCAAUGUGCCCUGGUGGUGGCCCGGGUCAGACAGCCAGAUGUGUUGCACGUCGUCGUCGGCUGUGGCCACGAUGGCAAAACUCUGAUUUUUGUCGACCACAUGCGGGCUGUGUUCGGCAGCGGCUUCCGUUGCGCGCCAUGCGCAAUGCUCCAAGCAGACCGAGAGUUCCAGGUGCAAGGGGUCAGUUUCAUCCACGCAGCAUUCCUCACUUUUGAUGAAUGCAAGCGAGACCAAGGGCUCGUGGAAGACAUUGUCAAGGUCUUUGUUGGUGGUGGCUGGCUCCCUUUGCGGAGAAACCACGAAGCAGAGACAAGAUACGGGCGUUGGCCCAACACUGGCAAAGUCUGGGCUAUGAAUGUCGGGGAUAUCCCCAAGGUGCCAACGGCGGAAGAGGUUUCUCAUCGAAGGAGGUUCCGUUGCACCUACAUGCGGUCCAAGUUCACCGCGAACCACGAUGAGGUGGACGUCGCCAACAGAGUCUUCCAAACAGACCCCACUGCUAAGGAAUUCAUGGCCUCUGGGGAUGCAGUAUGGUGCUUCUUCCAGGACUUUUUGUUCCCUCAUCUUCGGGUGACUGGGGUUCAGAAAUGCAGCGACAAUUUGGAGCACCUCCGGCCAGGAACAUGCUUGCAGAAGGACACGCAGUGGCUCCUCCGCAAAAUGAGUCGCUCUGAUGACAGCCUGCAUCCAGACCAAGACCUGCCUUGCGGGCCGGGGGCUCCGCAGCCAGCGUCCAGCGCCGCUGCAUCUGCAUCCGAGCGCUUGGUCCGAGACACCCACGCAGCCAUCCAAAGCCAGUUCUUCACGGCAGCCAGAACCUCAGGGACUUGUGCUCCGGACAUCUUCCUGUUGGCUGACGUCAACAGAAUCGCUUUGGCUUCCAAUCCUGGCGCAGCUCCCCCAAACCGGGCUGGCAAGAAGCUGAGAGUGGAGUGCCUUGACCCCAACAAGUGGCACCGCUGCCUAGAAACAUCUGUGGGAGAGACGCGUGUCCAAGAAGUCGCCGGUACUUGGGCAGACUGGGCUUGGCCUUCAGCCGCGGAGACUUCCAAUGCGGAUGACUUUGAUGAACCAAUCGGCUUCCCCCAGGGAGACUCUUGGACCAUCUCUUGCAGAGUCAAUGUGGACGGCCUGCAAAAUUUUGGGACCGCUGCGCCCGGAGUCAAAGGACAACAUGCCACGCAAGUGGCCGAACAGUGUGCAAGAGAUGGCCGCGACGAGGGCGCUGGCAUCAUGGUUGUUCCAUGCACCGGUCAUCAAAAAAAGGUUGCCGGAGAAUCUCUUGGGAGAGCCUUCUUCCCAUGGGUGAGUUUCCCAAGUCUGUCUCGGGCCGCAAGGAAUUGCGGUAGCCCUCCGGGAACAAAGGAGUUCGACAUGCCAAAUGCCGUGGUGCACUUUGCUUUGGACUUUGCCCGUCAGUAUGGGCUGGACUUGCCAUGCUUUCGCCGCUACUACGCUUUCAAAGCGGAGUGGCGCAAAGUGGUCAUGAGCUGGUUCUCUUUGCCCGAACACGAUGCCAAGAAAGCCCUUUUGAUGGCCUGCUUCGGCUUUGCUUUUCCAUCGCGGGCAACGGGGCUCCCCGUCGCCUGCCCAUUGCUAGAAGGUUUAGCAGCAGACGCCAUGAAACUGAGAGAGCUGCUAUGUCAGAAAUUUCCCCAGGUCCUACAAGCUAUGAAAGAAGCAAAAAAGCCUCGUCCAGAAACAUCUACAAUGGCCUUCUUGUUGUUCGACAAGGAACGCGCAGCUAUGCGACAGUUCUGCGACCUGUUGCCUAAACAUGGUUUUGCUUUGGUUGGGCCGGUCUUUGACGCAGUGCUCGCUGUGCCAGAAAGGCAGCUCAGCGAUGGGGACGACCACACUUCCCGUGAGUUGGCCUUGCUGGCUGAUUUUGAAAGCCUGACAGGCAUCACCAUGCAAGUCAAAGCCUUGGACACUGCCCCGCCUGUUCUCACAGUCCAACGGAUUCUGGAUGACAUUCUGGCCUCGAAUCAGGGCAUUCGAAUGCACAGCGUCGAGCACGUACCUGGAUGCUACUCCUGCAUCGGAACAGCUCUCCUCAAUUUGUUUCCCGAAGAAGAAUUUUCCAUCAAAGAAGCAACUUCAAACUUGACAGAGCCCAUAUCUUACCAACGUGCCAUGCAGCUGUGCCCUCAGAUAGCGAUUGAACCCAUCUCUUGGGCCCAAGCAAAGCAAUGCACUGAUGGAACAUGCUUCUUGCUGCACACCUCCCAUGCUUCGGGCGCAGACAUUGGCCAUGCAUAUGGGCUGAAACUUGUUCAAGCGGCCAUGCACAUCUACAGCUCGACUGAAGAGGAGCGCAUUCAGACCAACGCGAGCCUUUUGUUGGACAAGUUGCAGAAUGUCCCGGGGAUAUACAUUUUCAACGUCCAUGUGCUACCCAACGGAGAUCCUGCGGCCAAGCGGCGAAAAAAGGAAUACGGAACCUCCAUCGAGUUGCAGUUGAAAGCUGGAAUGGAAUGCGAUAGCGAGGAAACCAGCUGGGAACGCCUGAGGAUGCAACUGCAAGACAGCAUGCGCAAGGAAGUCGACCGGGAAAUCACACGUCCAGGACUCAGCUGCACAGUUGAACAGACACUGCUUCGCCACCUAUGA